CUUUGGAGCCUUUACUCGCUAUUGCCACUGGACAGACGGUAGGCCUUGAUUCUGAAGAAGAUGCGCUUGCCACCACUGCCUCGGCAAAUACUAACGAUUCAGUCGAUCAACCUCCGCCCUACCGCCUUUUGCAUAGCCUUUUGCAGAUGCCUCGUGCCGCCUGCAGCUCCGAAGAUCUGCGGCGUUUAGACUCGGAUCUCGUAUCUGAGACAUCGUCUGGUCGACUGCCUGGUCUGUCUGUUUUAGACUCUAAUCUUCCCUACACGAGACCGGUGCUGCUGGCUCUCCCUCUUGCCGGAGAAGAAUUGAUAAACCUGUUGCUCCGACAUGAACGUGAGAAGGAAAUGGUUCAUUUCUUAGAUGAGGAAGAGGAGGAUGUCGAGGGAGUAAGGCGAGAGUCUCAGAAUGCUACUAUUCUAGAUGUGUCAACUAAGAAAGCAGAUGAAUCAGAUUUUACGACUCUCCCAAUUACGAAGCAGACAGACAUUGUGCUUGCAACUGAUCAUACAGUUAAAGACAAUCUGAAAUUGCCAAAGGAAGUUGAAGGGAUUGUGGAUUGCGAGAUGGAGAUUUCAGUUUCCGUUCCUCAGCUUCAUUCGAUUCAGCCCAGAGAUGAUUUAAGUACAGCGAUUUCGAAAACGGAAUUAAUAGCUCCUGCAGGGGAUUCGAGGAAACGCCGCUCAAGACUUCCUUGCAAAUAUGCGAAUGAGUCGACAGCAAGAAGCAGUUGCCUAAAGGAGGCUGAGCUGAUGAAAAAUGACAAUAUAACUUCUGAUCAAAGUUACUCUGGAAGCGAUGAAGCUAAUAGGAAAAAGAAGCGGAAUAUAGUUGAGUCAGAGAAAAAGGAGGAGCGGGAAGCUUCGAAUAUGGAGUCCAUAAUAUUAGAGAAUACGAAAGAGGAGUCAACUGAGAACAAGAUAGCUGCGAUAACGGUCACAAAUGAUCAUAACGAGGUCAGUAGCCAAAUCGACGGAAAUGGUGUCCCUUUAAUUGUGGGUGAUCCACCAGACGAGGAUGUUGGCGAGGAAAGUUGUAUACUUUCUGCAAACGACAACUGCAAGACACGACGCCAAUUGUCCUCUGCAAUAGAAAGAUUACAGUCUCUGGCGUGCACCUCUUACUCCGUUAACACUGCGAUAGCUGAUUCUUUUAAGCCAACCUGUUCCCUUGGCUCCGAUCAUCAAACUGACGAAGUCGGCCAUGCCGAUCUUGCGGCACCACUUGAAAUUGUUGACACUACGAUUAUCUCUUCUAGCACCAGCGAGUUAGACACUUCUGCACCUCCUCUCGUUACCUCCAAUCAAGCAUCAUCUCUUGACCCGGCAGACUCUGCUACAUCACCAGGCGGUUGCGGAGGUGCGGUUAUUCAAGAGGUCGCUGAUUUAACUGGUCUGGAUUCUGAGUCCAACACUGCAUCCCGUCAGAAACCUCGUAAAUCUACGGCUCCACAAAGGCGUUCCUCGGCGCCUGCUUUAUCACAACUCGAAGAUCCUCCAGAACGUAAAUCGGGGCUAUUAAAUGCUCACCAGACAUCUGCAACGCUUGAAGAAGAGGAUAUCGACACUUCGCCGUCCAGGCCUGUUGAAUCUUCAUCAAUACAAGUGUUGCGUUUAAGUCCUGGACGAACGCGCAGAAGCCGUCCUGGCAGAAGAUGUCCCGGCCGCCUGGCUUUAACAGAUAACGCAGCCGCCGUCUUGGAUACCGAUGAGUCUCAUUGUUCAGACAGCCUUGUGGCGUUUGAGCAGCCCAUUUUGGAGGUCCAGGAGCCUUGCGAAGUGGAUACCCCUCUCGAGCACGGCUCCACAGAAACUCUAGAUCUCUCAACACAAGCCUCCUUUGAGUCAUUAAAUCGCCAACAACUGAGUCCAACAUCUCGGCGGCCUGGGACUCGCUCUGAAAACUCUACUUGUACAUCUGAAGGGAUGGAUGACGGUAGGGCAUGCAGCCCUGUUAGCCCACGAACCAGACAGACUCGCCGGGACCUCACUCUUUCCAUUGCUACCACCACCGGAAGUAACAAUAGUCCCACAAGCCAGAUUGGCAGUCUCGAGGUUGGAUUUCCAGCUAAACGCUUGCGUAGUCAAUCUCCGCCCAUAUCUGCCUCUGAAUCGACUGCAACAGUUUUAGCUAGCUUCAGAUCAGCUUCUGGUAGGCAUCUAAGGCCUACAACCUCUGGACAAGCCAAUGUGUCUUGCGUGUCUCCCAGAAACUUGAUUAGCGAACUGGCUGAUUCUAUUUCAGCAACUCCACCCAGGUCACCGGCUUCGUCCGACGAGAUUGUGGCUGCUGUUAAUCAACAGCUCUCACCGGGACGCCGGAAGCGUAAUGGCUUUCAAAAUAGUUUUACCAAUAAUUCUCGCUCAAAAAUUAUUAUUGCUCCACUUUCUUCCGAUGUAGAUGCUCCGGCAGUAAGUGCAUUACAGCUACAACCACCACUGGUACUUCCUCCAUCAUCAGAUUCCUCAUGCUCUGUUUCCUCCUCCCCUCCUCUGGACACAGGAAGACCUGUGCCCUCCUCUACAGCUUCUGCUUCUUCCACAUCUCCCUCUCCCCAAGAUCGCCAUUUAACUCUUCUCUUCUCUCCGGUCUCUUCCAUUGCCUCACCUCCAAGCGAAGAUGUGGCAAUCGCUAGUGCAUCUGGCUCUGCUUUAGAAAUUUGCUCUUCUGAACAACAUGCAGAGCCAAAUACCGAUCAUCAGAGUGCUCUCAUUCUUCCUGACCUUUUCUGCUCAUCUUCCUCCACCUCUUCUUCAUCUAUCGGACCUCUCGCUGGUUCCCCAAAAUCAGAGAACGUCAAUCCACUUGUGCCUCCACUAAAAAGUUGUCCCCGAGAUACCCCAACCGCUAAACGGUUUGGAGGCUCAACACCAGAUGCAUUUCCGGCUACCCCUAAUGAUUCCCCCAUUUUCGAGCCUCAUUCCAUUGAACCUAGAGAUUCUGAGGCCGCAUCUGCCCUAUCCUGCCAAUCCAUGAUCGAAGACCGAAUUAGUCGUCCUAUGGUUCACUUCGAAUCCUCCUCGGAUCCGGGCUUGCCUAGUUUAUCUUCACGCCAACCUUCUAUUACAUCACAUGAAUGGGCUGGGCGCCCAAAAAGUUGUGCCCAAUUCAAUUUUGGCCACCUCACAGCUCCUAGCCACUCAAACAUUCCUUCAAAUCCCGUCUCUCUCUCUCUACCGACUUCACCGGCUUCACCACCGCCCACUCCACUAGAUCUUAGAGAUACUAUUGCUCCACUCUCUGACAAAGAUCCUCAUUUCGAAUCCACUACCUCUUUCUAUCCUUCAUCAUCGGACAACAAAGUAAUCGAAGAAACUCAAGAUCUGGAUGACACUUCCCUUUCAGACUCACGAAUAUUGACCUCUGUCGCUGAUAAAAACAUGAUUUCUCUAUUAUCUAAAUGCAUUUACCAAUCCUCCUCUUUCAAAGUAAAUAGCCAAUUCUCUUUCGCCUCUAGUGAUAAAACAGAGAUGUUGCCGGUUGUUCAUGAAACUACCUCUCAACUAUCUGGACGUGAGUUUUCUUCACUGUCUCAUAACUCCCCCAAGAUCUUGCUUGAUGAGGAAGCCGUGCAAGGUAAAUCAAGUUCAUCACAAUUGCCGACAGAUUCUAAUAAUCAAGUGUCAGGUAAGCAUCAUGUGGACACAUUAGAUUCUGAGAUCGAGCUAAUUACGGCUAAGACGGUUUUAUCAGAGUCCAAUUUUGUUCAACCUACUGAAGACUCGACCAACCUAUCCUCUCAAGGUCCGGUUCCGGGCCCCGAGCUAUUGGAAAAGGCUUCAGGCACGUCACUUCUUACCAUCUUUGAAUCGGUUAAUCCAUGUACUACACAGGAGGAGACUGACUUGACUGUCGCCGAUGUCGUAUCCGGGACCAAUAUUUCCAUUGAGGCACCAUCUGAGAUUUCUAUUAUACCAAACAGGUCGGGGCCGGAUCUAGAUAGACCAACAUCUGGACGCGAAAAUACGAAAGGAGAUCUUUGGACUACCUCUGAGGUGGAACCAGCAAAUGGAUUUUCUCUCAAGCGAGCCCAUUCAAAUGACAGCAUUGCUUCAGAACCAGAUAAAAUCAAACGCUCUCGUCUAUCUCCAUCAUCUCACGGCCAUACGAUACCUUGCAGCAAAAAGCCCUCUGUAGCACAGACUACCUCUCUGGAACCAAUGGCUCCAAUCGAGCAUUUGGCAGUCGAGAAUGAUGCGAAGCUUCCAGAUUGUUAUGAAUCCGAAAAAACUUGUCCUAGUGAAGCGGAAUAUUUGGAUAAACAUACUUGUUCUUCUCCACAAAAGACAGAUGCGAAGCAAGAUAGGAAUUUUGCCACCUUCGAGGAUGCUGUGUCCUCUAGUACUCAAGAGGGAGCGAUGUUUGAACACAAAUUGACGAAGAAAAGUAUCAGUAAUGUUCCUUCUUUUAAUUCUAAUGAGCACGAAGCCUUUUCGAUCACUGACCUUAACCUUGGGGCUUCUGCUACGGAAUCUGGUAGUCAUUUAAACAGCCCUAUCAUUGAAGCAAAAAGUCAGAGCUCUCCUGCACAUGACUCACAUAUGAACCUUUUACAUAUUGAACCUAUCGUUUUAACACAUGUCUCUGAUAUAAAAGAGUCACUUGAUGAUGAUACUAUUGCAACUAAAGCAAAA